CAACUCUUUCCAUUCAGCAUGUGGGCCCCCCUCUUCGCUCUCGCGCUCGCGGCGACGGCCUCGGCCACGCCCGAGUAUCUGCAGCGCGCGCCGCGCGCGUUGUCCCCGCACGGCGGAUACCAGGACCGGCACGUAGCGCGGCAGGCGGCCGCGUGCACCGGCACUUGGAACGGGACACAGCUGACGGGCGCUGCCGAGGACGCGGCCUGCCGCUGGACGGUGCGCUACGGACGCGCCGGGCGGUGGGAGCACAGUGUCGCGGCGAACCAGGACGGCGUGGAUGCGGCCGUGUUCCCCAAGAUGUGCCCGCAGGAGAACGCGAUCCAGUCGCUCCGCGGCGGGCCGCAGGCGUACGACGAAGACUGCCUUUUCAUGACUGUGUAUGCGCCGGCCAACGCGACGGCCGAGUCCAAACUUCCCGUCUUUGUCUGGAUCCACGGAGGCGCGUACACUGGCGGCUCGGCGUCGGAUGCCGGCUUCGACGGCUCUCGCAUGGCCAUCGACGACGGCAUCGUCGUCGUCUUCCUGCAGUACCGUCUCGGUGUGCUUGGCUUCCUCCCUCCCGAUGGCGCGUCGACUGUCAACGACCCUAACCUUGCUGUGCGCGACGUCGUACUUGCCCUCAACACGGUCAAGGCGAACAUCGCGUCGGUUGGUGGCGACCCGGAGCGCGUGACUGUUGGCGGACAAAGUGCGGGUGCAUCACUUACCAGGACCCUCCUCGGCGUGCCCGCCGCCAAGGGCCUGUUCCGCGGCCUCAUCCUCCAGUCCGACCCCAUCAACUACGGCACGCAGACAUUUGAGAACGCCGCGAACCUGCGCAAGCUGGUGUACGGCAACGCGACGCUGGCGAACUGCACGGGCGAGUGCCUGAAGAAUGUGAGCCUCGCGACGCUGCUCUCUGUCCAGGAGGAGGUGGAAGCCUCGGCGCCGUUCAACAUCACGGGCGUGCCGCUGGGCGAGGUCUUCCGGCCGCAGUUCAACACGAGCACGCUUCCCGUAGACCCGACGACUGCGCUCUUCAACAGCCCGGCCAACCUGGCCGCGAACGUCUCGGCGCUCCCCGUCAUGCUGACGUACACGCGCAACGAGAGCGGAUACCUCAUCGACAGCUUUAUCGCGGGCGCGCAGAUCGCCAACAGCUUCGUGUUCAACCUCACGCUCAACCGCCUGUUCGGGACGGAGCGGGCGAAGGCGUUCCUCGACUCGGGGGCGUAUCCGCUCGUCGCGGGGCCGGACGGGAUGCGCACCUCGCUCGAAAUCUCGCUUACGGACGCGGUGUGGCGCUGCGUAUCGCACGCCGUUGCGGCGCGGUACGCGGCGGCCGGCGGCAGGAUCUACCUCGGCGAAUGGACCGAGGGGACGACGUACGCGUUCAACGACGACGCGGGGGGAUACUGCGUGAACACGGGCGCCGUGUGCCACAGUGACGACAUCUACCCGACCUUUGACAGCGCGCCGAACGCGACCGCGGCGGCGAGCGCGAACGCCUCGGCGCUCGCCAACGACGUCCGCCCCCUCUGGGCGGCGUUCAUCAAGACCGGGAACCCCGGCGAUAGCUGGCGCGCGUUCACGGCAAACUCGACCACGGCGGACGUGUUCAACAUCGGCAACGAGUAUGCGCUCGGCGCAUGCCCCGCCGGCCUGUGGGGCGACAAGGUUAAGUGGGACUGGCAGUUGUACAGCAACACGACGAACAGCACCGCCGCGCCGCCCGCGUCCUCGUCCACCCCCGCGGGCGGGCAGGGCACCAGCGCGGCCGCUGCUGGUGCGCCUGUCGCUGCCGCGGCGGUCCUCCUCUCCGUCGUCCUUGGCGCGGUGGUCGUUCUCUUGUAGCCGUUUGAUACUCUGCCCGACUUAUAACAGCGACAUCAGUAUAUACCGCCAUGUUAAUAUCUCUGUUCUA